AUGUCUACAUUUGAUCCACUUCCAGAGGGAGCAGGUUAUGCUGUUGUUGUUGGAUUAGGUUCCGUUUUUGCAAUUUUGAUGUGUUUAACUACAUUUUUCUUAAAAAGAUAUACAAAAGAAAUCAUGACAUCAGAAGAGUUCGUAACUUGUAACCAUGCAGUCAAAACAGGAUUAAUUAGUUGUGCUAUAGUUUCCUCCUGGACCUGGUCAGCCACUUUAUUGUGUACUCCAAUGGUAUCUCCGGCGGUUUCGAUUAAAGUUAAGCUAAGGUCACCUAAUUGUCGUACUUACUUGGAGUUAAUUUAUGUAAGAUAUGGUAAAGUUACCCAUAUUGUGUUUAUAAUAUGGGGUUUAAUGACUAAUAUUAUGGUUACUGCUAUGUUAUUAACAGGUGGUGCUUCUGUUGUUCAUAUGUUAACGGGUAUGAAUCCUGCAGCUGCUUGUAUAUUGACUGUUUUAAGUUGUGUUGGAUAUGCAGUUUAUGGUGGCUUAAAAGCAGUUAUAUUAGGUGAUUAUGUACAUACUAUCUUGAUGUUAUCAAUUAUGUUAGUGUUUGGAUUUGUAACAUGGGUAACAUCAGAUAGAUUAGGAAGUAUUGAUUUAAUUUAUGAUUUAGUUACAGAAUAUGCUUUAAAAAAUCCUAAAGAAGGUAAUGCUGGAGGUUCUUAUCUAACUAUAAAAUCAGAAUCAGGUGGAAUAUUUUUCAUAAUUAAUAUAAUUAGUGCUUUUGGUACAGUAUUUUUGGAUCAAGGUUAUCUAAAUAAAGCUAUAUCUGCUGAUCCAAAAUCAACAUAUAAAGGUUAUAUAUUAGGAGGUUUAGCUUGGUGGCCAAUUCCAUGUUUUAUUAGUGUUACUGCUGGGUUAGGAGCUAUAGCUUUGCAACAAACAAAAUAUUGGCCAAUUGAUCGUCCAUUAACACCUGAUGAAGUUGCUAGUGGAUUAGUAUUACCAACAUUUGCAGUUGCAUUAAUGGGUAAAGCUGGUGGAGUAUUGACUUUAUUAAUGUUGUUUAUGGCUAUUACAUCUGCAUUUUCAGCCCAAUUAAUAAGUGUUUCUUCAAUUUUCACUUAUGAUAUUUAUAGAACUUAUUUCAAUCCUAAUGCUAGUGGAACACAAUUGAUAAGAGCUUCACAUGUUGCAAUUGUUGUGUUUGCUGCUUUAUUAUCUGGAUUUUCCAUAAUGUUGUAUUACUUAAAGGUAUCAAUGGGUUAUUUAUUUACAUUAUUGGGCAUUGUUCUUUCAUCUGGAGUAUUACCACAAUGUUUAACUAUAUUAUGGAAUAAACAAAGUUGGAUGGCUGCAACUUUAACUCCACCAAUUGGAACUUGUUUAUCAAUUACUUUUUGGUUAGUUGUUACAAAAUUGAAAUAUGGAUCAGUAACAUAUGAUAAUACUUUUCAAAAUGAUUCUGUUUUAACUGGUAAUUGUGUUUCUUUAUUAGCUCCAUUAAUUACUAUACCAAUUUUAACAUAUAUUAAACCACAAAAUUUUGAUUGGGAUAAAUUUUUAAUUAUUAAAAGAGUUGAUGAAGAAGAUGAAUUAAAAGAAGUUGAAAAAGAAUUAGAAAUUGAUGUUAAUAAUAAUUCAAGCAGUGAAUCAAAUUCAAUGAAUAAAACAAUACCAAUACAAACAAAUAUAUCAAUAAUUACAAAUGAUUUAAUUGAAUUAAAUAGAGAAAAAUUUAUGGAAGAAAGAAAAAUAUUAUCUAAAGCAUUUAAAAGGUGUGUAAUAACAUGUAUUUCAUUAACUUUAGCUUUACUUGUACUUUGGCCAAUGCCAAUGUAUGGAACUUCAUAUAUUUUUAGUAAACCAUUUUUCAGAGGUUGGAUAAUAGUAUUGUUUAUUUGGUUAUUUUAUACUGUUUUCCAAGUUGUCUUAUAUCCUAUUUGGGAAAGUAGACAUACUCUUUCAAUUAUUAUGAAAGGAAUUUAUUGGGAUUUGAGUGGACAAUCAUACAAACUUAAGGAAUGGCAAUUAAGACAUCCAGAAGAAUUACAUGUUGUUCAAUCUCAAAUUAAUGCUCAAUUGAAUAAUGAAUUGUGUGAACAAAUGAGUAGAGGUCAAGUUAGAUAUAUAGAUGAUUCUGAGAAAAGGUAA